AUGUUUAAUAGCCAGUUAUCAUACAAAAGUAGUUUAGACCAAUUUAAAAGCCAAGACCGUUAUUCUUACAGCCCUGGAAAUUAUCAAAAUUCACUCUAUGAGUCUUCCUCAAAAUUUCCAAGAAAUGAAAGAUCAUCAUUGGAAACGUUUUCUCCUAAUCUUCCCAAUCCUUUAUUUAAAAUCAAUUAAAAUGUUCUUAAAAUUCGUGAAAGGCUAACCCUAUAAUUUAUCGAACAAUUUUAUAUGGUAAGCGUGAAACUCACUCCUCCCUUAUUAAUAAUAAUGAGUCUUAGAGAUUAUAUCUGAUAACUGUUCCUUCGCAAUUUGAAUGCAAUUUAUAGCAUAUAUAUAUUAUUCAAUCUCUUGAGCUAAAAAUUUUAAUAUAAAAUAAUAUUUCUUUUUUACAAUUUUUUUCCUCGAUCUUUGAGCGAGCAAUGAUGAUUGGCUCAAUCAAAAUGGGAAGUAAACAAACUUUUAGUUCCUUAUCAACCUACUCAAAGGCAAGCUAUGAAAUAGAAUCUGAAGCACUUAAAAGAGAUAUGGGACGCUUACGCAGCCGCAUUGACUUCAACAACUCGGAACAUUCUCGCAAAAUUGCAGAUCUUAAAGAUGCUUACGAAGAACAAUUACGAAAUAUCCAAAAACAAAAAGAAUACGAGCUUAAUAGUAUUGACAAAAAAAUACAAUUCAAAGAAAUAGAUCUGGACGCUUUAAGGGAAAGAAUUGAAAAUGAGCAAAGUUCGUUGGCGAAAGAAAAAGCAAAUCAAGAGAGAAAUACAUCGAAAUUAAGUAUUGAUUUAAGAAAUACUGCAAUAGAAAUAUCAGAAAUGAGAGGAGAAUUUGAAGAAAUCAGCCAAAAUGACAUUGAAAGGAAAAAAAUUGAAAUUGAUCGACUCUUGGAUUAUCAACAAAGAGAAUCUGAUGCUAUCGCUCAAGAUCAACAAAUGCAAUAUCAAGAUAUGCAAAACAGGAUAUCAAAUAAAGAAAAAUUAAUCAGAAGCUUGGAAAAUGAGCUUAGACAGUUAAGAAAGGACCUUUUAUUUAACACUGAUGAGCAUGAAAAUCAAAUCGCUAUGCUUAAAGAAAAGCUUUAUAAUGCCAAAAAAGAUAUUGAAGUCAAUGAAAUCGAUAUUAAUAAAAUCAUUGCGACUAGGGAUGGAGCCAGAAAUGAAAUCCAAUACCUAUCAAAAGAAGCAACCGCAAUGGAAGGAGAGCUUUCAACCCUUAUGAGGAGAAACUCCAACUUAAAAGAAAAAUCUGGGAAAUUAGGAGAACUCGUUUAUGGAAAAAAAGUAAAAUCUCCAAACAAAUCUCCUAACUCCCCUCAUGGGCAAGCAAAACCAUUGGAAAAUCCCUAUUUUGGCUAAAAUCCACCAUUUGAUCGAACAAACAAUUUUUUUAAUAUUAAAAUCUUUCUUAAAAUACUUUGAUAUAUAAGCGAUAAUUAUUAUAGCCAAUUCUAUUUAAUUUAAAGCAGCUUGAGUUUUAAAACAUAAAUUUACAAACUAAAUUAAUAUUUACUUUAAAAUUAUUUCGGUUGGGAUUUUUUAAAUUUCGAAAAAAGUGUUUACUAAAAAAAUUUUCUAUAAAUUCUUUUAAAUAAAAUAACCUAACAAUGUUCGCUCACAGAGGGGAGUAAGAAAAAUAAAUUUAAUAAUUAA